GCCUUGCUCAAAAAGAAAACCACAAAGUAUACAGACCAAAGCCUCACUCCCCUCUCUCUCCCCCCUCCAUUAACGCGCAACAUUUCACACCUCGAGCGAGAGAAACCUCUCACAUUUUUUCACUCCUUCCAAGCGGCGUUGUCUUCGGAACCAUGUUCAGGAACCAGUACGACACGGACGUGACCACCUGGAGCCCCGCGGGCCGCCUCUUCCAGGUCGAGUACGCCAUGGAGGCCGUGAAGCAGGGCUCCGCCGCGAUCGGCCUCCGAUCCAAGACGCACGUCGUCCUGGCCUGCGUCAACAAGGCCAACAACGAGCUCUCCUCCCACCAGAAGAAGAUCUUCAAGGUCGACGACCACAUCGGCGUCGCCAUCGCCGGCCUCACCGCGGACGGCCGCGUGCUCUCGCGGUACAUGCGCUCGGAGUGCAUUAACCACGCCUUCACCUACGAGUCGCCGCUCCCCGUCGGGAGAUUGGUGGUUCAGCUGGCUGACAAGGCUCAGGUCUGCACCCAGCGGUCCUGGAAACGACCUUAUGGCGUUGGUCUUUUGGUAGCUGGACUAGAUGAAUCUGGAGCUCACCUCUAUUACAAUUGUCCAAGCGGAAACUACUUUGAAUAUCAGGCUUUUGCCAUUGGGUCCCGCUCACAAGCCGCAAAAACAUACUUGGAACGCAGGUUCGAGAACUUCACGGACUCCUCUCGUGACGAUCUGGUCAAAGAUGCCCUCAUUGCCAUAAGGGAAACUUUGCAAGGAGAGAGGUUGAAGAGUACCAUAUGCACUGUCGCUGUGGUUGGAGUGGGCGAGCCGUUCCAUAUAUUGGACCAGAACACGGUACAACAACUAAUUGAUGCGUUUGAGAUUGUAGGGGAGGAAGAACCACCUGCUGCAGAAGCGGGGGAUACUGGGGAUCAGGAAACUGCUGCAGGAGAAGGUGCCCCCGCUGAGGAAGGUGCUGCUCCCAUGGAUAUCUAACCUUGCCAGAGUCUGCACAUCGCUUGUCUUAUGUUAGAGGCCUUGCGUCCAUGUCUUCCUAGAGAUGAGACAAGGAAAUGUGGAUGGCAAUUUGUGAUCAAUGCUUUUCGGUUGUCUGUCUUUGGACUGUUAUCCAAUUCACCACCUUCCUUAGCUGGUAAUGUUGCCCUCUUCUGUAUGAAUUCUCGAUUUUUACAUUUUCAUCUCUUGAAGAACUCAUUGAGCUUGGUAGCGA